AUGUAUGUGCAUCUUAUAUUCUACAUACUUAUCGUGAUACCCACAUGGUGCCUUUUGGCAGAACAUGAUAGUACCUCUGAACACCGCUGCUUCCAUCAACCUGCCAGUGAAUGCCGUCCUAACGAUUUAUGCAGAUGUCACCAGUUAAAAGACAUCAAAAGGGCUGCUGUUUGUUGUGACGUAAACAAAUUUACCCUUACAGAAGGAUUAGCAUGUGCAAAUAUCACUGUAGAUGGACAAGUAGAGGCACUACAUAUACGAAAUGCAACGUUGGACGUUUUAAAUGUGACACAACCCGUAUGGAAAAGACUGAAAUACAUGACAAUCACAGAUGGCCAAAUCAAUAGCUUAGUAGGAGAGUUCGCCAAAUUAUCGUCAGUGUCUUGCCUGAACCUCUCGUCAAAUGGAAUUAAGAAUUUUGCACAGAGGUCCUUAGUUAACCUGUUCAACCUUAGCUUUUUGGAUUUGUCUCAUAAUAAUCUGACUAGUGUCCCUAGAUUCAAAAAAGAAGGAUCAGUUAUAUUGGACAUAUCAGAUAAUCCUUAUAUGCUUUGCACUAGUUUGUUAGACACUUUAAAGAAAAGGGAGGUUAAUGUCAGUAACGAGGAUGUUACUUUUUGUUUGUCCUCAAAGACCUUCCACUGGUUUAACUCAACAGAAAAGUUGCCAAUUUCACAAGUACAGGGAUUGCUUGAGAUUGAGGAAAACUGUAUUGAAAAUUGUACUUGCCAACCUUACAGGAUGGAAAUCGUGUUAGGAAAGCAACCCAUAUUUUCCGUCGCUGUAAACUGUUCAGGGGUCAAUUUGCUUUCCCUGCCAACUCCUCUACCACCACAUACUGUAUCGUUAAAUAUUACAAACAAUAAUAUAACAUCGUUACAGGAACUGGGAGACCCAUCAUAUCAGCAUUUGAUGUUCUUGUAUGCAGAUAAUAAUCNAGUUCAUUUCACUUGCAAAAAAUAUUUUGUCUCGUGUUUUGAUAUCUGUAAUGGACUUCAAACAUAA